AUGUCGCUCCAGGCCCACUUGAAAGCCCCUAAAGUUGCACCCGCUUACACCCUAAGCCAAGUUGCCUACCGCUCCCAGCGCCAUUUGCUCGCCGAAAGACCACGCAACGGCGACCCGACCACGGCUUGCCUUAGCCGCUCACAAAUGCAAUCGCCCACGGCCCUCGUAGGCCCGCAUCACUUCCUGCAUCGCUCGAGGGUUCGAGUGCGCAAUCCGGCUGCUGCACUCCGCUUCUCUGUUGGUGAGCACUGGUGCUGGGAAGCAGUAUCCCAGGCUCCUUGCAGUCUCUUUGUGGCUGUUGUCCAGCAAGUUGGGGUCCUCACAAGCAGGCAAGGCAGUCCGGGACCUUCACGCCGAGAUCUUGGACAUGUUGUCCGCAUCACUCCGGCAGCCCGCAUCGGAAGCUCACAGGCUGCGUGCUUCAACUUGAUACCUGCAUGUUUAUGUGCUCUUUUCGACCUCUCAAGGCCCCCUCUCAACAUCACCAGCUGCAAUGCGGUCAUGGCAGCCUAG